AAGCAAAAAAAAACAUACAACACCCGGGAUUCGCUGGUCGUCACCGACCCAACUACUAAUCGGGCCCUCGCCAGUUUAACUAAGGGAGAGCGGACGGGAUCCCGUGCUUUCUGGCGGGUAUGGUCGUAUGUGAUAGUUCUCUACUCUCAGAUGCAUUAUGUUUCUGGUCUGAGAGUUCGCCGGCCGGAGAAAAAGUAG